GUUCCCACAUUACACCAUGCAGUCUCUCUACUUUUUUCUAGAUUCCUCUACAGCGCAAGCACCUCUUCUCAUCUGCUCUUUCUUCAUCAUAACACUGACUUUCGUGGUCCUCAAAUGGAGCUUCCUUCUUCAUCCCAGAAGCAAGAGACUUCCGCCUGGUUCUAUGGGCUGGCCUUAUAUCGGAGAAACUCUCAGGCUCUAUUCCCAGAACCCCAAUUCUUUCUUCUCCAUCCGCCACAAAAGGUAUGGAGAUAUCUUCAAGAGCCACAUACUAGGAUGUCCUUGUGUUAUGAUUUCCAGUCCAGAAGCCGCAAAAAGAGUUUUAGUGAAUCAAUCUCAUCUCUUUAAGCCCACAUACCCUCCAAGCAAAGAGCUUUUGAUUGGACCUGAGGCCAUAUUUUUCCAUCAGGGUCCUUAUCACUCUCGCCUCAAGAAAUUGGUUCUGUCUUCGUUCCUGCCAUCUGCUCUUAAAAACGCAGUUCCGCAUAUUGAGAGCAUAGUCAUCGAUAGUCUUCGUGGCUAUAACAAUAAGACCAUUAACACCUUAGAAGAGAUGAAGAAGUAUGCUUUUGAUGUCGCCAUGAUUUCGGCAUUUGGCAACGAUAUGGAAAUUGAGAUUGAAGAAAUUAAACAAUUGUAUCAUGUCUUGGAGAGUGGUUACAAUUCCAUGCCUCUGGAUGUCCCCGGUACUCCGUUUUACAAUGCAAUGAAGGCAAGGAAGCUGCUGACUGGAAAGCUGAGGAAUUUGAUUCAAAAGCGAAGAGAGGGCAGGGAAAUUGGCAAUGGAGGAUUGUUGGGAGUAUUACUGGGAACUGAAGAUGAAAAGGAAAAUCUACUCACCGACUCUCAAAUAUCAGACAAUAUCAUCGGAGUGAUAUUUGCUGCUCAUGAUACCACUGCAAGUGUUUCAACAUGGCUAAUUAAGUACUUGCAUGACAACAAUGACAUUUUAGAAGCUGUUACGGCAGAACAAGAACAAAUCCGAUGCAGAAUAUUAGAAGAGAAUCGGAAUCUCACAUGGGAGGACACUCGACUUAUGACGUAUACUAGCCGGGUGAUCCAGGAAACAUUAAGAUCAGCAAGUAUCCUAUCUUUUACAUUCAGAGAAGCCGUAGAAGAUGUGGAAUUCGAAGGCUAUUUUAUACCAAAAGGAUGGAAAGUUCUUCCUCUCUUUAGAAACAUCCAUCAUUCUGCAGCUCUCUUUCCUCAACCUCACAUAUUCGACCCUUUAAGAUUUGAGGUGGCACCAAAAGCAAACAGCUACAUGCCAUUUGGAAAGGGAGUGCACUCAUGUCCAGGCAAUGAGCUUGCUAAACUCGAGAUGCUCAUCCUACUGCACCAUCUCACCACCACCUACAGGUGGAAAGUGAUGGGCAGCAACAAUGGAAUACAGUACGGACCAUUUCCGGUGCCCAAAGAUGGCUUACCAGUUGCUUUAUUCCCCAUUAAAAAGACUUAGAAUUGUAUGUACAGUUUAUUAGCACUCCGGUAGGCCGGUGUUGCAUUUACUUUCCUCUAGUUCAAUAUUGGGAUUUAGCCAGAGUUGAAUUUGUAUAGCCCCAUUUAAUCUUUAUAUUUAUAUAAAGGAGGUUCCUGGGAUGGAUGACGUGGCAGCUCCCAGAAUCCUUCCUCCAACAUUCCUGUUUUUCUAGCAAUUGUCUAAUUUUUGUAUUUUUUUCCUAUUUAUGCUCUAUUUUUGUAAUUUGUAACUUAUUAAUUGCUAUCAGUUACGGGCUUUUGGUUUUCUGUUUCGCGUGUCCUUUUGUUGGUCGGCUCUCGACUGUCUUCUCUUCCAGGCUCUCAGACUCUGCAAUUCUAUUAUCUAUAUACCAUCUCUCUCGCUCUCUACGUUGUUUUUAAUUCGAUCUAAUUUUGUUUGCUUCUUUAUUUGAAUCUCAGGCUUUAAUUUAGGUGAUAAGCCGCGUUAUCGCACCAGAAUUUACAAGGGGAUUGAAUGGAUCGUGGUGAAGAAAGCUCCUGAGUUCAGUGUAUUGCUCUUUGUUUUCGCUUUUCAUGUCUCGCCAGAAGCUCUCUCUGCAAUUCCGCUUGUGAGUGAUAAGUCCCAUUUCUCGCACACGUUUCUCGCAGCAGAAUUAAUAAGGCGAUGGAAUGGCUCUGUCGGGGUCUCUCAAGUUUGUGUCAGUAGUUUCACGCAUCUCCUUCUCAGUCUUUCAUUCUUCAGCUCUGCAUUUCUUCGAUUUUACUGAUCUGUGCUGUUAAUGAUACAGAUGCUGAAAGCCAGUGGGAGCCUUUUAGCCUCUACCGAAGAAGCCGAGAUGAGACUCUUAGAGUUUGAAUGACUGAUGAGGAAUUAACAUAGAGUGAUGAGAUCAGCUUGAAAGAAGAGAUAUUAGUUCACUCAACAAAAAUGAAAAGAAAAGUCUGAGCCAGGAAUGAUCGACACAAACAUAUCUAAAGGAGGCUGUUGUGGUAGAGGAGAUAAUUCUAUGAGCAGUGCACGUGCUUUAAGGGAAGCCUCUGGCACGGUGAGGCGAAAAUACUGUUCGAGCCAGGUUGGAUAUGCGAUUUGGAUUGACCUCAAAUUUCAAAGCCAAGACUUGAAAUCCAAGAGAAAACUACAAAUGCAUCCAUCAAUACAGUGGAAUAAACCUUUCGGAGGUUCUCUUAUGUUUUACAUGUUUCUACCCGGACAUUUAUAAAUUUAUAAAUAUUGAAAUACUGUGCCCGGUGAUGUAUAUCUGUGAUAUUAGGAAGGAACAUCUCCACUCAUGAAUUAUGAUGAUACUGUAGGUGUAGCCUUCUCCCUCCAGCUAUAUUUUCUUAUAUUUUAAUAAAAUAUGCAAAAUAAUAAAAUUCAGAAA